AUGCCGGUUAUGGAGACACAAAACAUCACCACUGACUGCCACCGCAUCAGUCAGGAUAACCAAACUCAGCUACGCACAACCGAGCAGCUGGACGCCGCUGCUGACCUUUUUCACUCACUGCUGCCCCAUGGACAAACAGUCCCACUGCUGAUAUGCAUUUUUGUUUUGCUGACUCUUUUCUCAUGUCUGAUAAACGUGUUCACUUUGUCCAGCAUCGGACAGUCGGACGACCUCUCCUGGCAGCCGCGCUUUGCCUUCUGUAAGAACCUGAUCUUCAGUGACCUCAUACAGACACUCACAAUCGGUCCGGCGGUCAUUCACGCACUUGUCCAACGCCGGACGACAACGUCAAGUUUCUGGUGUUACGUUCAGUACUUUAUGGGGUCCGUGAGUAUUUUCUCCAGUCUUGUCACCAUCACCUGCAUGACGCUGGAGCGCUACCUGUAUAUAUGCUAUGCCAUGCAAUACCUGCCCAUUUUCAAUCAGAAUCGCCUGCGACUGGCGCUCGUUCUGAUUUGGGUUUACUCCAUCUCCAUCGGCGUCAUCAACUUGAGUUUGCUGAUGUACACAGGAAGAGGAGAGAAGAAUGACCAGGCUAUCAUGGGUCUCUUGUGCGCGCCGGACAUCAUUGAACAGCACAUGGGGUCCCCUCGUACCCUUGCCAUCUUUCGUAAAGGUAUUGGUUCCUUCACUCUGGUGCUGUGCCUGCUGACCCACGCCUUCUCCUACUUCAGGAUGUACGAAGACGCGCGCAACGCAGUGAUGCCUUUCAAAGCUGUGAAUGUCAAAGCGCGCAAGACGGUGAUGUUUUACAGUGGGAUGCUGUUCCUGCAGCUGCUGCCGCUACUGAUUAAAGUCACCUCGGACAUAAUGUGGGAGUUUAAAGUGACUGGCAUGGUAGAGCAGUUAUUUGAGUCUCGAGGCACCUGCAAGCUGAAGGCGACCCACUCCACCACAGCGGCUGUGCUUCACGUGUCCCUGCUGGUCAUGCUUUUAGUGCCACCGUGCAUUAAUCCGCUAGUGUACGGGCUGAGAAAUGUAGAGAUAAAGAGGGCGCUGACCAACCUGUUCCAGUGUAUAUUGGUAGAGUACAGAGAUGCGGUCAUGCUGCCAAUGGAGAGAAGGGAUGGAAACAGUUUGGAUCAAAACCAAGUUCUGGAGGUUUAA